AUGUCGUCUAUUGUUCCAUACGUCAAUAUCUACGAAGGCUUCUACCACGAGGCCUUCGCGCUUUAUCAAGCUAAUAAAUUAUGGACCCCGGAACUAUACGCCGACGGCGAGAUAUUCGGAGAGCUCGCCCUGAUGCCUUUAGAUGCAUUGCCACCCGCUACUUCUGUUACAAAUAAUUCGUCAAGUCAAAAUAUCACACCGCCGUCCGAUGCCACGACCGCAGUCGAAGAUGCAGCAGCUGCCACGGCGAACGACUACGGUCCCACAUACAUUUUCAGCGAAUAUGCAUAUCGAAUUGAACACGGCUUCAAUCGUGGGAUCAAGUUGCAAGUACCCAUGCCUCAGACUGGCCUGACGCUACUCCGUGACCACAAGACUCGUUCAACAGCAACCAAGCUUAUCGUGCUGGUCGAAGUGCAAACUUACACCAAGUGGAGCUAUGGAUGGAAUGUCACGUUUUCCGCCCGAAAUCCAUUCAGAGAAUUCAACCGUGGCGGAGAAUUCGAAUCCGACAAUGGCCGGCGCGCCGAAGUAUGUGUGCAUGCGUUUUGUGCAGCAAUCGACUCGAUCGUCGACUUCAUCAACGAUAACCGGUAUCCGAAGCCCCAAAUCUCGAAUUUCUACGUGCGCGUCCCUCAGUUUGCGGAUUCCAGGUAUGCACUCCGCCGGCUUUUGCCCGAGGUGGAGCAAGGGGGUACAUGUCUAGAUGGUUUGCCGAGUUGGGUUCAACAGAUGCAUGUUGCACUUUCGCAUACCGUCGUUCAGCUGCGAAAGCUAAGGGCACAAGGAGUUAAUGUUAGGGUGUGGCAGAGCAGCAAGAGGCAGAGUAAAUCAGUACCUUAUCCUAGGCAAUAG